CUUGACACAAGUUGACCUGCAAAAAAAAAACCCGGACAGUUGAAAUUCUUGGAGACUUGAUCACCUGGAAAACAACUUCUAAAAACAAACUGAUACCUGAAGAAAAAACAUACAGCAGUAAAACUACAGUAAAACCUACUGGAAUUUCCUGCUAAAAUGACUUCUAGUGGAGCCCCUGCGGCUGUGGACCUGUCGACCACACGGAGAAUUCAUUUUCCACGUGGUUUAUUCGGGCCUCCGAGCCCUGACCGCCCUGUCGCUGUGAUCGCCCCCUAUAACCCAAUCCUGCCUGAUUACCAGGACGACGAGGAAGAGAUUGACGUUGUUGGGGAAGGUGAUGUGGACGGGCUUCAGGAAGCUGGGCUUCAGGAGGCUGAGCCUCAGGGAGGUAAUGCGGAAGGUGAGCAGCAGUUUCCACCACUGCAUAAUUGGGUGGAGGAGGAAGAACAAGAGCAAGUUCCUUUUCCUGUUUACUACCCUGUUUACUACCCUGUUUACUACCCUGUUCCCUACGCUGUUCCCUACGCUGAUCCCUACGCUGUUCCCUACGCUGAUCCCUAUGCUGUUCCCUAUGUUGUUCCCUAUGGUGUUCCCUAUGGUGUUCCCUAUGAUGUUCCCUAUGGUGUUCCCUAUGCUGUUCCCAAUGCUGUUCCUCACCCUUAUCCUCAACCCCCUUAUGAUCCUUAUGCUUUUCACCAAGAUCAUUACGCUUAUCCUCAUGCCCCUGCUGAUCCUCCUGCUGAUCCUCCUGCUGAACCUUUUCAUGAUCCUAUCAUACCUGAUGUUGACAAUUUACUGGCCAGGUACAGGUAUGAGCAAUUUGAAGAGGACGAGAACGAGGACGAGCAUGAGGGUGAAAACGAUAUCGUUGGACUUGAUAUCUCUGAACUGGAUGCUGAGCUCAUCCGGUCAGUCGUCCUAGUAGAUUGGUCUGACGAGGCAGUCCUUCCUGAAUCCCCUGGCCUCGGCUGCUCCAGGAGACGCAGGCACGAGAGCGACAACGAGGAGGAGACUCCUGCAAAGAGGUGGAAGUGGUCUGAUGUGUGGGACUUGGAUUAACUCUACAAUGGGUGGGCUGACAUCCCUCCUUGAAACAUUGGAGCAAGUCCAUACCUGCCCUUCAUCACUUCCACAUCACAGUAGGACCAAUGGUUCCCAUGGUAGCUUUUGGGCUGUACAUAUCUAUUUGUGUAUCUCUUCAUUUUUGCAUAGGGGAUCGAUCGACUGUAUUUCUGUCACCCUGUGAACUCCCCGUGCAUGUAGCCUUUGCGUCUGGCGGGGCUGUCAACACCCCAAGUAGCGUCUUGCACUGGGGCUUGUUUGGAAAUGUUUUGUAUAUAUAUAUUUGUGUAUCUCUUCAUUUUUGCAUAGGGGAUCGAUCGACUGUAUUUCUGUCACCCUGACGGCCAGCCUUUGCGUCUUGCAGGGCCUGUGAUGCCUCAGGUAGCUCUUGCGUCUGGCAGGGCUGUCGAUUCCCCGUGCAUGUAGCCUUUGCGUCUGGCGGGGCUGAUGAAGACAAGGGUAGCCUUUGCGUCUUGCGGGGCUGAUGAAGACAAGGGUAGCCUUUGCGUCUGGCGGGGCUGUCAACACCCCAAGUAGCGUCUUGCACUGGGGCUUAUUUGGAAAUGUUUUGUAUAUAUAUAUUUGUGUAUCUCUUCAUUUUUGCAUAGGGGAUCGAUCGACUGUAUUUCUGUCACCCUGACGGCCAGCCUUUGCGUCUUGCAGGGCCUGUGAUGCCUCAGGUAGCUCUUGCGUCUGGCAGGGCUGUCGAUUCCCCGUGCAUGUAGCCUUUGCGUCUGGCGGGGCUGAUGAAGACAAGGGUAGCCUUUGCGUCUUGCGGGGCUGAUGAAGACAAGGGUAGCCUUUGCGUCUUGCGGGGCUGAUGAA